AUGAAUUAUAAUUAUAAAUAUCUCGUACAAUCACCUAAAAAGCAACUACAACCAAAAGUCACAAUCAAAUAUAGUACAGCUAUUAAUUUGGAUCAUAUUCCUAAAUUCUCAUACGGAUCUCCAAGGAGUCUGGCAAGACAAAUAACUAACCUCAGUCCCACAAUUCAAUUGAAUAGUUCUAAAAACAAAAAAACUGUUGAAUCAAAAAGCCCAUCUCCAUUGCUGGAGUCAAAUUGGUUAAACAUAAAAAAAAUAAAAAAGAAAAUUGAACUUUUCGAGAAUCUGAAUUAUGGACACCCUAAAAUAUUUCAUAAAUUAUCACCUGAUUAAAUGAUUCCAACAUAAUUGUCGAUACCAAUAACGGCUCAUGCUGAAAAACGGAUUAUAAUUAAAAAGAAGUGUGAACCUGAUCGUAUAGCAAGGUCAAACACUUAAUAUUCGGCAGGUAGAUAAGAAAUGAAAAAUAACACAUCACCAUCAAGAAUUCUAUAAAAAAGAUAAAAUAAAAAAGAACCUUCAGGAGAACUAAAAGGAUGGCAAGGAUAGUAUGUGGAACAUUUUGAUGAUUUUAUAUGA